AAUGGGGAGUUUAAAUUCCUUUAAGUUCUUCCUUUUGGGGUGUUUUUUUUGUUUUCUUCCCUUGCACAAGUGGCUUUUUGUCAAAAUGUGUAAACAUUAAAGCAAGCUGUCAUUUUGGAGGAAAACAAAAAUCAUUAAGAAGCGCGAGCUGUUCAGUGUUAUGUAGCAGUUCCUGCGCGCGCACCCCGAUCCGCGCCAUACGAUGUAGGGAUGACGGCACGCGGAGGGGUGAAGUGAAGAGAGUACGCCUUUGUCGUCCACUGUCAUUAUGUUCUCUCGCCUCCGCCGCGGCUGCUGCUGCUCCUGCUGCUGCUGUUAGUAGGUUUAAUUUCAUAGUCGAGCGCUGACGGACGGCGCUGAGCUCGAGCCCCCUUUUUUCCAACCCCCUGUGUGUGCCUUUGUUUGCCGUUUUCGCGUUUCCUUUUUUUUUUCUUUCUCGCGAGGCGAAACAGGAUUGUUAGCUGUAACAAAAGCGAGCCGCCCCCCAUCCAGCUGCUCACUUCACGGAGAAGGGAAACCCUCUCGUCGCAUGGUGGUGAUUUCAGGCGCCGGAGCGGGUCGACAAAUGCAGAAAAGGGAGAAAAGUUUCGGUAUACAAAUGCUUUCCGUCCAGCCGGACACCAAGCCAAAGGGCUGUGCCGGCUGCAACCGGAAGAUCAAGGACCGCUAUCUGCUGAAGGCCUUGGACAAAUACUGGCACGAGGACUGCCUAAAGUGUGCAUGCUGUGACUGCCGCCUUGGCGAGGUGGGCUCCACGCUGUAUACCAAGGCCAACCUCAUCCUCUGCCGGCGGGACUACCUCCGGUUGUUUGGCGUGACGGGGAACUGUGCAGCCUGCAGCAAGCUCAUCCCAGCCUUCGAGAUGGUCAUGAGAGCCAAGGAGAAUGUCUAUCACCUGGACUGCUUUGCCUGCCAACUCUGUAACCAGAGGUUUUGCGUGGGGGACAAAUUCUUCCUGAAAAACAACAUGAUCUUGUGUCAGACGGACUACGAAGAGGGGCUGAUGAAGGAAGGCUACGCCCCGCAGGUCCGCUGACCCCAACACAGCACUCGCUUGUGGGGAGAGAGCUGCGAGAGGACCUGAAAGGGGACAUGCAGUCAGACACCAAAAGCACUACCAUCCUCUCCAGCCCUUAUCCUUGAUAAUGUACAUAAGAAACGCCCACUAUGGGGCACUGCUGUACAGAAUAGCCAUAGAGACUUGUUGUGAGUGGGGAAGGGGGUUUUGCAAGUCCCCCUAAGCAAAGUGACGCUGGUCUUGGAUAUUGCUGUGGCUCUUUUGAAACAACCCCCUUCUUUUCCCCUGCCCCUAAGACCCAUGGCCUCAUGGAGACAAUCCACCCCAAGGCCUGACAACUCACACUUUUACACACAUGAAACUGCAAAAAAAAAAAUGCAACCAUAUUCAUAGACCCCUCUCCACUGACCCCCACUUCACUCUCAGGCUAAGGACGAGAAUGGGGAAAAAAAAGGGAAAACAAUCAUUGAGUGAUGAAAAGGUAUAAAUGUAGUCCUGUCAGCUGGGAGCGAGGGAGCCAUGUCAAUAUAAGACCUCAGGUUGAGGGGGUUUCCUUAUUUCUAUUACUUUGCUUCUCUUUUCCUUUUAUGAGAAAAAGUCCUGUCCAGCUGAGCACAGCUCAGCUCUUUCUCUCGCCUGUUUCCUAUCGGUACAGCAGACCUGCUGGAAUUGCUACACUGACACAACUUUAUUACUAAGAUUAUUCAUGUUCUGCUUGCUUUGUAUGUAAAACAGCCUCCAGAGAUCAUUGUCAGGACACUGUAGGGAUUUGGCGCACAAGUCAGUUUGUUAUGUGGGGUGGGAGGGUGUGGUGUCUGAUUUACUUCUUUUAUACAAUGUAUUUAUUUGAACCCUUUUUUUUUGUUUUUGUUGUUCUUGUUGUUGCGCAUCAUACUGAGGCUUUGUCCUUGACAUGUUUAUACUUGAAUUGGAUCACUGGCCAGUUGCUGAGCCUCUUGUCCAGGCUUCACAAGUCUGGCCUCAUUACUGCACACUGACAAACACUUGUGGUAUGUUGACGAACAAGUCAGCUCACAUAAACUAGAGGUCUUUAACCUCCGAUUUACCGACUUUGACGAGUUUGUCGAAGUGCAUGUUAACGCUACUGUACCGCAUUUAAGCAGCAUCCAACUGACACUUCAGUUACCUUCUGAAAGUGAGGGCAAAGCCUCAAGAAAAAAGACAAACUGAUUUGUAAAUGGUGGUUGUACAUAUUUAAAAAAACAAAAAAUAAAAGUAUUCUUUUUGGCUUGCUAUUAAAUAAUUUUCUUUUAAGUGACACUCAGCAUGAGAUGUUUAUUUUUAGGACACAUGUACAUACUGUAUUGUAAUCAUUUUAAGCACAAAUGUAAUACAGUUUUAUUGUGUUAA